AUGGUUCACAAACAUGCAUCCCAAGCUUUAGAUCGAACUCUGAAGGAUUUAUUAAAGUGUGUCAAUCCUACGAAUUCAAAUAUUCCAUUUAGAGGGAAAGUGAUUGUCUUUAGAGGUGAUUUCAGACAAAUUCUACCUGUUGUUCCAGGUGGCAGUAGACAAAACAUUGUUAAUGCGUCUUUAAGUUCUUCUUAUUUAUGGCAACAAUGCAAAGUUCAUAAAUUAACCAAAAACAUGAGGUUAACAGUUGGAAGCGAUCCAUUUUCUAUUAAACAAAUAAGGGAUUUUGCAACCUGGCUUUUAGACAUAGGAGAAGGUAAUCUUGGUGGUCCGAAUGACGGUGAAGCAAUUGUUGAUAUUCCAGAAGAUAUUCUCAUUACUAAUCCACAUGAUCCUAUAGGUUCAUUAAUUAGUUUUGUAUAUCCUUCUAUACUGGAAAACUUCAACAUUCCUGAUUAUUUUCAAGAAAUAGCAAUAAUUGCUCCCAAGAAUGAAGUUGUCCAAGAAAUAAACGAUCGUUUGUUGUCAUUGUUUCCAGGAGAACCAAUAGAAUACUUAAGUUCAGAUAGCCUAUGCCAAUCCGAGUUUCUUCAUGAUAAGUUUGAUACAAAUUUAUACUCACCUGAUGUUUUAACUGGUCUUAAAGUCUCAGGUCUGCCAAACCAUAAGCUCAUUUUAAAAAUCGGUGUUCCAGUUAUGUUAUUGAGAAACAUUGAUCAGAAAAAUGGCUUAUGUAAUGGGACUAGACUAUAG